AUGUUCUCACCCCUUGUUCUUGUUGGGCAUGGCAAAAGAACCAAAUUGCACAUUAUCACCAUUCUGCCCAUGACAUCAGCCAUUGCUAUGGGCAUGAAGCCCGAUCCCUGGCAUACAGCUACUCUCUUCAAAUCAUGCGCUAGAAGAACAAUCAUGUGCAAUGUGGUUCAUGUAGCCUCCGUCUGCACGAUCGUCCCAGUGAUUCCAACGCGCCAGCCUUGUACUCUCUGGCUUUGCAACUUUCAGAUCCAGCUCCUGUCCGAGAACUAUCUCAAGCAAGUCUACUAUUUCCCAGAAGCAGUGGAUUCGUCACCAGGCUCCUUCGAUCGAUUGGUGACGAGCUUAAAAGUAUCCUUGUCUCAGGUUCUCGUUCCAUACUACCCAAUAGCAGGGAGGCCCCGGAUCGCCGGUCUCGACCGCCCGGUUCUCGAGUGCAACGACCAAGGCGUCGAAUUUGUGGUGGCAUUUGCCAAUGCGAGCUUCCACGACUGGGGCGAUUCCAUGAAGCACUGCUCAAUCGAGCAUGAGCUCAACCCGGCACAGACCGAGAUCACGGAUCACGAGAACUUCCCACAGCUCAAAGUCCAGGUCACCAAGUUCCGGUGUGGUGGGAUCGCCCUCGGCCUCGUCACCACCCACAUUGUCACCGACGGCUCGUCCAUCUUUGCGUUCUUCAAGGCCUGGUCGGAUAUCCAUCAGGGAUUGCCACCGCCGAAUCCACCGCCAUCAUUCGACUCCAGCAUCCUCAGGGCCCGAGAUCCCCCCAGCAUCAAGAUGCCCAUCCGGGACUACGUCGCGGUGGCACCGUCCCUGGCCCAGGAUCACAGUGGAAAGUCCGGGGAGGAUAUCUCUCCCAAAUACCACGUCCGGGCAUUCCACAUGAGCGAGCUCCAGCUCUCGCAUCUUAGGCACGAGAUCGCAUCCGGCCCAUUCUCCUACGGCAGCUUCCCGACAUCCUUCGAGGCCGCCGCGGCGCUCGUCUGGAAAUCCAUCACCGAGGCGCGGGAUCUCGUCGACACCGCCAUCGCCACAUUCGUCUACUCGGGCUCCGCCAAGGCCGGCAAGAACCGGCGGCAUCCCCCAAUCCCGGACGAGUACUGCGGCACCUCCGCCAUGACCCUCGUCCUCCCGUGUCCGGCGCGCGACCUCAAGAAUAAGCACAUCUCCUUGGCCGCUCGCCUCGUCCACGACGACAUCCGGGCCAUCACCCACGAGCGAUUCCAAUCCACCAUUGACUGGAUGGAGCUGGAAGGAAUCGGCAGCCCCGGGCGCAAGGAGAUCGCGGUCAACAUGAGGGCCGAGAUGGCGGUCUACUCCGUUGACCUGGUCACCUUCCCCGUCUACGACGUUGACUUUGGGUGGGGGCGGCCCGCCCACUUCUCGCUGGUGCUGGAGCCGUGGUAUGGCAACGGGGUGGUGGUGUUUCUUCCCACUGCCCAGGGAGGGACGCGAGAGCGCCGCAUUGUGGUCAUGCUCCUCGAGGAUGAAAUGAAGAGGUUGCUGCGAAGUGAGCUCCUCGCCAAGUUCGCCACCUUGGAAUGAAGGGUUCUCGUAGAGAUUCGAGGCAAAGCAAGUAAAUUCGUUUCAACGAUCGUUUCAUCGAUCGGAACAGAGUAGAUACAAGAAUCUCGGAUUCUCGAGCAAAACAAGAAUGCGAUCCGAGAGGGAGAGAAACUAAGAACGAGUGUCGAUCCGUCCGUGAGAGAGGAAAGAAAGGACAGAGGCCAUCGUCAAGGAGAGUGAGAGGACUCGGCGGCACGAGCGGUGCACAUCCUGGAACACGGAACCCUCAUGAAGGCUUGGCUCGUCCGGGACGGCACCUCCUUUCCCUUGCCAAGCUCCGGCAGCGGGAGCUUGGGCUUGGAUCGAUGAGCAUCGUUGCCGGUGGGGGCGGGCUCUCCAGAUCUUGGCACCUAUGAAGGAAAAGAAUCACAUUUUCGUUC